ACAACCACAUUUUCGGUUGAUUGGAAUGUUUGGAUGCUAAAUAGAAUACGUAACUAAUAAAUAAUUAACAGGAGUACAUAUAUUCAAUUAUUCAAUGUGGCAGGGAAUAAUCAGUCCAUGUUUUACACAACUAUACAGGGGGUAAUCGAUCGGAAAAUGCAGGCAGACCUCACCGGGGGUAAUCGAUCGGAGUAGUAAUGGUAAUGGAGAACGGGGAAGGGAAGGGAGACCUCACCGGGGCACUCGCCGGCAGGGGCUCGCCCAAAUCGGAGGGAAAUGGCGACGGGGAACGGCGCUGGGGAAGAUGGCGACGGCGAUAGGUCUGGGGAAGAUGGCGAUGGCGACGGGUCGGGGGAAGAUGGCGACGACGCUGGGGAAGCUGAAGUGCAGUCCAGAUGCGACGGCGACGGCGCUGGGGAAGAUGGCGACGGCGCUGGGGAAGAUGGCGAUGGCGACGACGCUUCUUGUCUCCAGGCUCUCCACGAAGAAGAAGAUGGAGAAUGAAAUUUGGGAAUUAGGGUUCGGCCCGACCCCGACCCACCUUCCCCUUUAAUUUACGGUCUUUUAGUUUUUUUUUUAAUUACACCAACCGGCCGAAUGUAAAAAACCGGACGACCGGCUUGAGCGGUUAACCGCUUCGGCCGCUCGCCGGCCGCCCCAGAGAACCAGUCCGGCUAAAUCGCUGAUCCGAGCCGGUUUUGUGCCCGGUUGGCGGUUUUGGCGGCUCGGCCGGCCGGCUAGGCUCGGCUUUCACAACACUGCUUUAAGCGCUCCGUUUCACACAAAAAAAAAAUUGUAUCUGCAUUUAUUUUCGCAAGAAUGUUUGUAAGCAUAUUAUAUUAUAUAAACAAAGACAUGCCCACAGAUCCGAGGAGACAUAUCCGGAAAUAAGACUUGUAUAGGCCC